CUACAGCCUUCGAGCGAAACGCGCCGUGAAAAUCAUGAACUUUCUUUUUCAGCUCGUCAUGUUGACUUUACUGUUUUGGCCAGCUUUAGCCUCGGCUAGUUUAGGCUCGCACCGCAAACUAAAACGUGCUGUGGGCAGUCAAGCCAUACGGGGGCAGUACAUCAUCGAGCUGGAUCCAAGUAUCCCAGAUUCGAAUAGCUUCGCUGCCCGCGUCCUAAAACGCGCAUUCCGAAACAACGUCCUCGAGACCUACGACUACGCCUUGAAGGGAUUUGCUGUCAAGGAUCUCCCCGAGAUGUUGUUGAACGUCAUUCUGAAUAUGGAUGAUGUUCUCUCAGUAUCAGAGGACGCGGUUGUCGAGGCGGAUACAGUACAGACAAAUCCUCCAUGGGGCCUCGACAUCACAGACGGUAAAGACGAUAACCGCUUCACUUACACAUACACAGGACAAGGAGUAGAUGUUUACGUUCUUGACACUGGAAUACAAGCAAAUCAUCCCGACCUUGAAGGUCGUGUCGAUAGCUGCGUAUCAUAUACUAAUGAAGCCUGUGGGUCAGAUUUGAAUGGGCAUGGUACCCAUGUGGCCGGAACUGUCGGGUCAAAAACCUACGGUGUGGCCAAGAAGGUGUCUCUGCACGAUGUCAAGGUACUUGACCGGCGGGGGAGUGGAUCCUUCAGCGGAGUUAUUGCUGGCAUCGACUACGUGGCCCAGAUCAAGAAGACCGAUCCCAGUCGCAAAACAGUCCUCAACAUGAGUCUGGGGGGAGGCCGCAGUACGGCCUUGAACAACGCAGUCAAUUCUGCAGCGACUUCAGGAGUGGUAGUUGUUGUCGCUGCCGGAAAUAGCAAUCGUAAUGCCUGUAAUUACUCUCCCGCGUCUGCGUCGGGAGCGCUGGUAGUUGGUUCUAUUGAACGCAACAACCGUCGUUCGAGUUGGUCCAAUUGGGGUAGUUGUGUCGACAUCUUUGCAGCUGGAUCCGGGAUCCUGUCGUUGUCUCGAACCGGUGGCGUAACCACAAAGUCGGGUACGUCCAUGGCUGCUCCACACGUGGCCGGUGUCGCAGCAUUGUACUUGCAAGUGGGUAGAAAUCCCAAUACUAUCACUUCCGAUGCUUUGAAGAACCGGGUGACCCGUACUCGAGGUUCCGACAACAAACUAGUGAGUACAUCUGCACUACCUUCUGAACAAAGGCCAUCUCGGGCGCCCACCCAGGUCCCAACUGUUGAGUCCGUGCCUCUGGAAGAUUCAGAUUCGUUGGCUCCGACCAAAGCUCCCGUUUCUUCCCCCGCCAAAGCUCCAGUGCCACCACCUACUCUCAUUCCAACCAGGAAACCUACUCGCGCUCCAACCAGGAAACCUACUCGCGCUCCAACCAGGAAACCUACUCGCGCUCCAACCAAAGCUCCAAAUUCAAGUGGUCCACUGCGCAAACUGUGCAAGAAAUGCUGCUAA